GCAGCCGAGGUUCGAGUGUUCCUUCCGCUUCCAGAAGAUAACAGUCUAUCGGUGCGUGGCAGCUGAAAGCUUGAGCCGCGGUGUGGCUGAACGUCAUAUUUCUGACUUUCUGCUCUCACCCAGACUGCCAAAACAUAUAAGCUGGCUUUCUUCAAGCUACUAAGGCCAUUGUCCUUAUCCCCGCGUUCGCCAUCGAGCUACGUCAGAGCUUGUCACCGCCCCAUAUUCGCAGGAAAAGCGCCGACGAACGUCAACACCUACAUCAAACAUCGACAGACGAAAGACGGUCUAUACAGAACUAUGGCGACACUCAGUGUUCAGCGUAAGCACAAAGUGACGAUUGUGGGCUCCGGAAACUGGGGCACCACAAUGGCAAAGCUCGUGGCUGAGAACACCAAGGGCAAUCCCUCUCUCUUCGAAGAGCAGGUGCAGAUGUGGGUGUUUGAAGAGGAGUACACAAUUCCUAAGAAUUCACGACACUACAAUGGGUCAGAUCAGCCCGAGAAGCUCUCUGAGCUCAUCAACAACGUACACGAGAACGUCAAGUACCUACCGAAUAUUACACUACCGUCAAACGUUAUCGCGAACCCCGACCUGGCCGACGCCUGCAAAGACUCCACGAUGCUCGUCUUCGUGCUCCCGCAUCAGUUCAUCGCCAGGACAUGCUCUCAAUUGUCAGGCAAAACCCUGCCAUACGCUCGAGCUAUCUGCUGCACAAAGGGUGUUGAUGUGAGCGAGAAGGGCAUCCAGCUUAUGUCAGAGGCUAUUGGCAAGGGUCUGAACAUCUACUGUGGUGCUCUGUCGGGUGCAAAUAUUGCUUCUGAAAUCGCCAAGGAGCUGUACUCGGAGACCACUGUCGCGUACGACCCACCGCCAAUGGACUCUCGUCACCCGACCCCAAGCGGGUCACCAAGCUCUUCGCAAGUCAACUUGAUCAACCCUGAGAUCGAGCCUGGCAAGCGAUCCGCGCACUUGAUUCCUUUGCCGAACGAGUACCCCCCUCUCUCGCACGAGAACAUCCGCAAGCUCUUCCAUCGCCCCUACUUCCACGUACACCUGGUGAACGAUGUCGCUGGUGUGUCUCUUGGCGGUGCUCUGAAGAACAUCAUUGCUCUUGCAGCUGGCUUCGUCGACGGCCUGGGCUGGGGUGACAACGCCAAGGCAGCCGUGAUGCGUGUAGGCAUCCUCGAGAUGGUCAAGUUUGGCAAGAUGUUCUUCGGAGAGAGCGCUCGCACCAGCACUUUCACAGAAGAGAGCUGUGGCGUGGCGGAUGUCAUCACAUCUUGCUCGGGUGGCCGCAACUUCCGCUGUGCAAAAAUGGCCGUUGAGCGCGGAGAAUCUAUCAGUGCCAUCGAGGAAAAGGAACUCAACGGGCAGAAGCUGCAAGGUACCAGCACAGCCAUUGAGGUGAACCAAUUCCUGAAGUCACAGGGCAAAGAGGCCGACUUUCCUCUGUUCACUGCGGUUUUCAACAUCCUGGAGGGUAAUGCAAAGCCUCGGGACAUCCCUGAGCUCAUCGAACCGAAGUAUUAAGCGUUCAGCGUAUUCAAGGAGAGGCGGUCGUGCGGAGCCGCAAGCAAGCGUACGGAUUCCUAAGCAAUACCCACUAUAGAUUUCUGAUGAACCUACGCUCGCGGUUCUUUUCGCAGAAAACAGCGUUUCAGCACAGAUUUAACAUGAUGUAAGACAACCUUGCACACGUACUGGUGAAUUGCACAAAAUGCAUACAUGGUGCCCAUUGAUUAUGAAAAACGCAGAACAUAGCUACAUUUUGAGCAAAGCCAAGGGCUGUUCUCAUCCACAAACACCGCCAAACUCCAAACUCCGAUGGUAUGCAAGUUGCUGACGCCUUGGCACAUGGCCCGUGCAAACAUCUGAAGGUGCAGUGCAGGGCAUACCUUCAAUUGUGAUGAAAGUAGUGGAAAGCAUAGAUGAGAACCAGAAGCCUG